UCCUCAGAGGCCCCGCCUGCGGCCCACGUUUUCUGGCAGCGUAGGCCGGAGUUUCUUGCAGACCCGGAAGCGGCCAAGGCAGAGAGAAGGUCUGAUUGGCGACCGUGACUUUCAGUGUUUGUAGUUUAAACCUGAGCGUCUCAGUCCACCGUCCUACGCUCCUGACGCCUGGGGGUCAGUACCGACGGUGAAGUCCCCGCACCCGCGCCCCCUACAGCGGUGCUCAUGGUUCCUGACUGUGUCCUGUGGCAAAGGACAGGAGAGGGCCACCGUCUCAGCAUUUCAGGCCUUCAUUUUGGGGGAAUCAGGCGGUGAUGUGGAGGGGGACUGUGCAGACACCCUUGAAGGCACAUUUCUCAAGAUGCAGAUGUGAUUCCUCCCGAGAACAUCACCUAAAGAAACAAACCAGAGCAGGAGGAGGACGAGGACGAAAUGGCUGCUUCUCAGGGACGGUUGACAUUCAGGGAUGUGGCCAUAGAUUUCUCUAAAGAAGAGUGGGAGUGCCUGCACCCGGCUGAGCGGAAACUGUACAUGGACGUGAUGCUGGAGAACUACAGGAACCUGCGCUCCCUGGGUCUUGCUGUCUCUAAGCCAGACCUGGUUACCUAUUUGGAGAGAAUGAAGGAGGCCUGGGAUGUGAAGCAAAAAAAGACAGUAUCCAUCCUCCCAGGUAGGUGGGAAUGAAGGAGCAGAUGGCACAGGUGAGAGGGUCAAAGGUCUCUGAGGAAGCCAGACCUUAAGAUGUGGUUUAGGGGGCUCUGCUUCAGGGGAAAGGAUGUGAGAAGCCCAGGUUUCUUUCUGUUGCUGUCACAGAUGGACAGUCCUGUCCAACAUGUCCCAUGCUCCUACAUCUUUAGGGACUGUCCUCAGUGAUCUGGGUCACAAUCGCAGUGAAGGCCGAUGUCCUCCUUUUCUGUGGGGACCACCAUGGGCUGGCUACUGUUCCAUUGCCUCGGAGGCCUUGGAAAAUCUGUGCUGUCUGUUGGGGAAUUCUCACUGAAGCCAUAUUUAAAGUUCCGUUCUUGCCUUUUGUAAGGAGUUUGUUAAGGAAGUGGUGGAGGUCCUGGAAUUUGAUGUAGAAAUUCCAGGGGCACUGGGGACAGAUGUCAUACAUUUUCUGCUUUAUAAUUUCUAAUCCUAAAGAGGCUUCAAACAUAACCCUACAAAGUUAAGACUCAGUAAUUUCUUCUCAGCACCAGGCACCUCCCUAAAGUCAGAAACCCUCAAUCUUGGUUUCACUUCAAAAUGUCCUUUUGCUUUGCACGAACUAACAUUAGAAAUUUUGAGUUUCUACUCCCAAUUCUGGCAUGUAAGAAUAGUUUAAUAUAUCUGUUUACUUCACAGAAUGCUUAAAUGAAUAAUGCCAUAGGGGAGCUUAGAACAUUGCCCACCGUAUAGGGAGGUCUCCAUUGUUCCCUGAUUUCUUAAUGACUAGCGUGUUAUAAUUCUGUCUUGUUCAGUCCAAUGCUUCCUGGGACUGUGUUUUGUAUGUUUUCCAUUUCUGAAUAGAUCUUUGUCAGAUUACUGGUUUUAGAUUCAGAAGUGCUGCUACAACAUGCUCAAAUGAAAUCCUUAAGAAGUAAGUUGUAGAAUUGUUAUGUUUCCAUAUUUAGGAAAUUAUUUGCUUCCUCAAUUUCAGUUUUCUUCAGGCAGAAGGUAAUCAUGAGGUUUCUCAUCUGCCUUCCUCAGCAUGUCUCUCAAUCAUGGUGUACUUUAAUCUCAAAUUUUGAUUUUAUAGAUCACUCAUUCUGUGAUAUUUUACUUUUUUGUUGUUCCUUGUUUUAGAAAUGUUUUUUUUUUUGUUCUGUGUUUGAUGGAUUACAGCCUAUAUAUUUCCUGUAAAAAUAAUAGCAAUAUAUUUAUGACCUAAUAAAUUUCUCCAGUGUUAUUUACAUUCUUAUUUAUUAAAUUUUCCUUAGAGCUAUUUAUGAAUGAUUGUAAUGGAUUGUCUGGGAAAUUUUCCUUUCCUACAACACGUAUUCCAAUGAUUGAGAAUGCUUGCUCUUCGUGGGGCCACACUGACGGUGGAAUCUGAGUUCUACAGAAGGAUUCUCCUCAAUAGUACAUCUGUGUAGUGUUCACAGCUCUGGGGAUCUUUUGUCUCUUAUUCUCAUUUUACAAUUCCAUAACAAUGCUUUUUUUUAUGGUAGUUUCUUCAAAUUUAGUUACUUACAUUUUUGGUUGUUACAUAGAUAUUAUGAAUGUGAAUGCCAUUUUUCAGCUCAGUACACUUAAGACAAUAUGGGGUUUGAUUCACAUAUGAAUCAUGCAUAUGUCUAUUUCCAUUAACAUGUGCAUUGUUGUCUGUAUCAUCAUUUUACUCCAACUUUAUGCAUGACUCAUCUUGUUUAUUUAUUUAUUGUUUGGUUAGUGGUCAGUGCUUUUCUUAUCCUGCUUAGUUAAGUAGUUGUGGCAAUAGUGUUAAUUUCACAGUGAUUUCUGAUGGUUGUAGAUUCUCUUUGUGAGACAACCACUUUUUUGAAAUCCAGAUAAUUUUUGAAAUGUUUUAUAACAGUAUCUGUUUUAGAUAUUUUUCAUUUUCAAUUUUGGUAAAAACCUGUGACCAAAAUUCUACCCUCUGUACCUGUACAGUCCAGUCGUGUUAAGUAUAUUCACAUUGUUGUGCAACUGAUCUCUGGACGUUUCCAUCUUACAAAACUGACUGUGUACCCAUUAAACAACCACUCCUUCAUUUCCCUUCACCCCAAGCCUCUGGCUACUACCCUUCUUUUUGUUCUGUGAGGAGGACUGCAUUAGGCGACUCACAUAGUAUCUGUUUCUUCUGACUGGUGAGCUUUACUUAAAUGUCUUCAAGGUUUUUCUGUGUUGUAUCAGGUGAGAGCAUCUGUUUCUGUUUCAAGGACUGAAUAAUAUUCCGUUGUAUGUAUAUGCUACAUUUCUUCACCCGUUGAUCUAUCGAUGGCCAUUUGGGUUGCUUCAUCCUAUUACAGGCUUUGUGGAUAGUGCUACAGUGUGCAUGGGUGUGCACGUGGCUCUUGCGGAGACUCCUUUGAAGUCUCUUGGAAAUGUACCCAGAAAUGGGAAGGCUGCAUCACAGCACAAUUCUAUUUUUAAUUUUUUGAAAGACCUUCAUAUUAUUUUUCAUACUGUUUGCACCAAUUGUUUCAUCCAAGAGUGCAUAAGGGACAAUUUCUCCACAUUUUUGCCAACACUUGAAAUUUUGUGCUCCUUUGUUAGUGUCAACCUAAUUAAUGUGAUGCGAUAUGUAUGUUAUUGUGUUUUGGUUUAUUUUUUUUAAUUGGGU